AUGGCGUCCAGUGAUAUUGAGGUGGACUUGGAUGAAGUGCAAGAAGCUGCCAAAAGAGUCGCACAGUACAUAAAUAGAACGCCUGUAAUGACCUGUUCAACUCUUGACAGCAUGGCUGGAAGAUCUUUACAUUUCAAAUGCGAACUCUUCCAAAAAACUGGAUCCUUCAAGGUUAGUUCUUGAUUGUAUUGGCACUUGUCUGAUGGGAUGUUCCAUUUUUUUUUCCGAACCCCCCCUCCCCCCACCCACCCUAUGGAUGAGCAGAUUUCUACCACCUCACGGUUUUGUCGGAACCCUGUGAAAAAACCUUUCCCACCCCCCUCAUUUUUUGUUGGUCCCUUUCAAAGCUGAUUUCUACAAGUUGUCUGCUAGGGAUACUCAUCCAUAGGGUGGGAUCGGAAUAAAAAUGGAAUGUACGUCCCGAUCCACAGACAGAUAUCAGAUACGACAACUGCCACUAAUUUUUAAAAGUGUUUUAUGUACAAAAGGAAAGUGUCAUGCAGUUUUUACAAUUACUGUACGCAAUAUCUACAUUCCGUUUGUGGAGCAGGAAUGUGUGACGAACCCCUAAGAACUUCUGCGUGGGAUGCUAGGUUGUUUGUUAACAAACAAAACAGUUGUUCAAGAAGUGUGGAUGCAAUGUAUGGUGUAUUUGUCAUUGUGGCCCUUUAGUCAUGUAAUUUGACCCCACCCUGGUAAUGUGGCCCCCCUGUUGAUACAGGGAUCCACUGUAUUUAGGAGCUAGGGCUUAUAAUUAAUGGAGGGGCUUAAACGAGUGGGUUUAUACUGUAAAAUUCUGAAAAUAAGCCCCUCCAUGCAUAAGCCCCUCCAAAUAUAAGUCCCCCAAUCCAGUAAUGCAAAAAACCCUCCGUUAAAUCACCCCUCCAAAUAUAAGCCCCCCAGGGGCUUGUACUUGGAAAUUUGCCCUUAAAUAUAAAGUAAAACAAAGCAAAAAUGGUAAAUUUACUUCCAACUAUGAGACUAACCCAGUCGGUUUUGAAACGCAAAUUCCCCUCCGUAGAUAAGUCCCUCCGAAUAAAAGUAACUCCAAAAAUAAGCCCCUCAAAAAGGGCCUUUGAAAAAUAUAAGCCCUGGGGCUUAUUUUCUGAUUUUUAUGGUAACUGGAAUAGAAAAAGCGCAUCAAAACAAGCUAUAGCAGUGCUGAUCAAAAUAUGUUUUGGUGGAACCCCACUUUACGACCUAGAAAAUGACAACCUAGAAAGCAACAACCUAGAAAAUGACGACCUAGAGAACAACUACCUAGAAAGUGACAACCUACAAAUUGAAAGUGAUCUCAAGCUAGAAAACAAUGAUCUAGAAAGUGAAGUUCAACUGAAGUCAACUUUAGUAUGUUGCUGCUGCAGGUAGUAUCAAAUUCAAAUCUGCAUUCCUGAAUUCAGCAGUGAAUUUUUCACAAUGACCUUUUGGUAUUGCAUUGGCCAGAUUGGAAAAUCUUUGAACGGAUAACAUGGCUGCAAAGACUUAUAUAAUAUUAAUUUAAGAAAACUGGGCAGACAAAAAUUGUAUUACUUACUUGGAUCUUACUUCACGUGUGAAUUGACUGCUCAUCCCCACACAAAAUUAUACACAUACAGACAUGAAUCUGAAAUCUGCAAGUUUUAAUGAGAACUUCUCUUUUUAACUUGUCAAAGUUCUUUUACUGUUAACAUCAUCUUUUACUUUGUGGUGAUAACAAGUUCUGCCAUAACAUAUGGAUCCUCUAUCCAUUGUCAACAAACCUGUUUAUUUCUUGUCCGUAAAUCAUGGACCUUGCUUGAUUAGUACCAUCAUUAUGCCCGUUCUUUACCCCCAAAAUUUUGCAUAACCAUUGUUUCGAAUCUCUCCUGGGUACUACAGUCAUCCCAAGAGAAAUUGAAGACAGUUGUUCUGAAAAUUUUUUUUUUUUGGGGGGGGGAGCGGGUGGUGGUGGGGGAUAAACAAGGUGCAUAAAAAAUGGUCUUUGUAAAAAUGGUGAAUUACUGCCUAACCGGUAUUUCAGACCUGCUAACUCUUGCAAUUCUGCCAUGAGUCUCACAAUUUUUUUAAUUUUCUCACGGCCUCACAACAAGACUUACAAUCUCACGGCUUUUGGAGAAAAAUCAUUCUGAGAUGAAAACUAUGGAAAUUUAAUAAGGAAUGUAAGUGCCUCUUUGAACCUUGAUGGCUGCACUUUUUGUCUGGCAUUUUUGGCUUUGAAAAGUUGGCUUGUCUGGAAGAAAUGACUACUUGCUAUAAGUUUCAUACUAGUGAUUACCUCUCAGUAGAAUCAUCAACAAAAGCAGCAUCUUGUUUAUACAACAACGACCAUAAAUCGGGAAAAAAUAGAAUCUCACUCUAGGUUUCUUUUCACGAGUCUCCAGAUUUUCCUUUAUAAGGGGUUGGCAGGACUGGGUAUUUACAGAAUUAAUCACAUUAUUUUACCAUUUAAUUUUUUAGAUCAGAGGUGCAACAAAUGCUGUUCUUCAAUUAAUGAAUUCACUGCCAGGGAAUCAGAAACCUAUACUUGUCACUGCAAGCAGUGGCAAUCAUGCACAAGCCCUUGCACUAACUGCAAAGAAAAUGGGACUUGAUGCUUACAUCGCAAUGCCAUCCAAUGCACCUCAAGUAAAGAAAGAUGCUGUUAGCGGAUAUGGAGCAACUAUUAUUGAUUGUGGCCCUAAUGCCUAUGAGGUAUUUAAGACAUAAUCUGUAAAUUUAACCCAAUAGGCUAAAAGUAGAGCUCUGUAUAUAUAUUAAAGGUCAGGCAAAUUUGAUUUCAGGUUAAUUUUGAUUUAACCUGUAACAUAUGUCCUCGUUUAUAUCCUGUGUCUUGAAAUGAUAAGUUUUAAAUCAUUGCAAACAGAUUCACAUAUCUACUGAACUUUCAGUUCAGCGGUAUAUAAAAAUAUUGUAUUAAUGGUGAAGUAAUAUGAUAGAGGUUGAUAUAUACUGUACAUCAGCUACAGCUGUACUUUGAAGAUACCAAGAUUUUACUUUAUGUCACUGUUGCAAUCUUCAUGUAUAAAUACAAUUUCAAUAAGAGAAUGUCUGACUGUUCUUUCUUUCUGUGUCAGUUUAAAAUGGUCAGGUUGCUAGAGUUGCCCUUGGUUGGUUGAUGAACAAAACCAUGUUUUUAAUCCCUGGACAGCCGAUAACAAUCUUUCACCAAGCAGUAUUCAUUUUGCUCCAGUACACAAAGUUCCUCUAUCAUUCACUGGUACAGUGAAACCUUGACAUAACGAACCUCUAUACAACAGAGUCCUCUGUAUAACGAAUGAUUUUCUUUACCCCAGUAAUAGAACCUUGUUAUAAUGAAUUACCUCGUUACAGAAAACUAAUUUUGCCAGUCCCUUGGCCGUUCCUCAUAUCAAGUUUCCACUGUAGAACAUUAGGGCCAUUUAUAUGAGGAAAAAUAAGAUGCGUCUUACAUAGGACGCAUCUUAAAUAAGAGGCGAACUUUCCGUAUAAACAGCACAUUUCGUCUAAAAUAAGACGUGGCUUAGCUAAGACACGUCUUAUUUUAGAACAGCCCUUAACAUCUGUUGUUAGAUAAGACGCGUCUUAGCUAAGACAAGAGAAACUUCGUAUAAAUGACCUUUGCGUCUUACAUAACACGCGAACCCAUAGUACGCAUGCAUUAAUUUUUGGCGCGCCACGUUGGAUUGACGUUGCUACGGGCAACAUUCACAUGAAAACGAGUCAAGAACAGAAAUAAGACGCAAACCAUUUACAUGAGCUGUUCUCGUUUUAGAUAAGACAUGCUUGUAUAAAUGGUACAGUUCGCGUCUUAUUUUCCCUCGUAUAAAUGGCCCUGUUGUGUUUGUCUAGAUAAUAUCCAUACCCCUCUCAUGGAAAAUUUUUUGUUUGAGCCCCCACCCCCACCCCUCUGAAAAUUCCAUGGUUAAGGUUCCUAUUGUCUUUUUCAAAGGUUUGCUUUUAGGACCCUCUCCCCUUAGGAAGAGCCUGGAACCACACAUUCUAUAGUCCUGAUAAAUUCAAGUCUUUCUAAUAACAAUAUUUAGGGAAGAAGAUUAUUUUGAAGGCACAGAAUUAAAAGCAUGGCCAUGUAUGGCUUAUUUAAAAUGUCCACCGUGUUUUUGCUUCCCAUUUGUGAUAAAAAUCAAAGUAUAACGAUUUGUUGUUGGUGUUUUUUCAAGUAAUGAUUUGUAUCUAUAUCAGGCAAGAGAUGCAGCUACCAAGAAACUCAUUGCAGACCAUGGCCCACAUGCAUAUCUUAUUCCCUCAUCUGAUCACCCUCACAUUAUAGCAGGCCAGGGUUCAAUUGCUGUUGAAUUUCUGGAGCAGGUAGCUAGCUUUUUUAUAUAUCUAUAUACCUUAUUGGAACUUAAUUUCGCGUUUUGGGGGGUUGUAAAAAAAAUCGCAAAAUUUAAGACCCGUGAAAGUAAAUCCUCGAGAAAUAAUACCCAUAUAGAAAUUUCAAAUCGCAGGUAACAUGACUGUAUUAGUAAAGUCCAACUAGUGGUCUAUUAUCAAUGCUGUGCUCUGAUUGGUUGAGCUAGCUACUACUAGGCUAUAUGUUAUAGCCCACUAGUAGCGAAAAGCGCGGGCUUUUUAGCGUCAAAAAAGGAUUUAAGUCUAGCUUUUACCUAGCUAGAAUUUUUUAUUCUCGAUAUUUUUGACCAACUAAUUGGAUUUUACUAAAACAAUUAUUCCUCUCGCCCUCAUGGCCUCUGAGUCAAUAGCCCAUUCGGCCUACGACCUCAUGGGCUAUUGACUCAGAGCCCAUUCGGGCUCGUGGAAUAAUUGUUAAUAGCAACAUCAUAUACAGGAUAAUUAUAUUGCGAACUGGUUUCGCUGGUAAACUCCAUUUUGUGUCUUCAAUUAUGAAAUAAUGUUAAUUUGCAAAGAUUUCACACAUUGCUUGUUCUAGUCUAUCUAAUAAAAGGUUUAGACUUUUUAAAAACAUCAAAAUGAAGUUGAGAACGCUUAAUUCGCAAAAUUUAAUGCCCUUGCUUCAUAUUUAAAAUCGCGAAAACAAAACCCCGCGAAAUACUUUCUCGCCUGAAUCGCGAAAUUAAGUACUCGCGUUGACCAACAUCAUUUAUUGAUUUUGUCUCCAUCGUGGUGGACUACGAGCAGUCUCUCUUUUUCCUGUAGUCCGUCGAGCAAAACGCGAGACACGCAAAUGGUCACGCGCGUGACUGAUGGCGCGAGACGGGAGAGGCACUCUCUUUCUUCUCGGGCUACCGCCCUCGUUUCGCGCUUCUUGCGACUUCGGCGCUCGCGCGCGCGUGCACUCCCCUUACUAAAUCUGAAGGAAAGAGAGACUGCUCGCAGUCUACCAUCGUGGUUUCGUAGCUUACUGGUGAUGUAUGUUGAUGCACUGUGAUAAAGUCAAGACCAAAACUGAACUAAGAAUCCUUAUGCAGCAUCAAGUCUUCCUGUUGCUAGUCAUUCUUACAUGUAUUUGUAUUUUGUCCACAGGUCCCAGACUUGGAUGCAAUUGUGGUUCCUGUCGGCGGUGGUGGAAUGCUCAGUGGGAUUUGUAUCGCAGCCAAAGCAAUAAAGCCUGAUAUCAAGAUCUAUGCUGCUGAGCCUUUAAAUGCAGAUGACUGUGCAAGGUCCUUUGUUGCAAAAGAGAGGAUUCCUCUUACAAGUAAGUUGAAAAUGUGCCUUCAUGUACAAAGCAACAGUGUUAAAUGCUUAUAACCGCAAGUUUUGAAAUGUACGGGUCAUUGGUUCAAAUAAAUUGCCCGAUGAGUGUGGUAAUCGUUUGACCAUACGAAACAGAACUGUUGCAUUAAACGAAAGAAUAUCUUCUGCAGUCUGAUCUACAUGCAAUGGAUUUAUCUUUGGUCAUCUCCUGAAUUAGCGUUGAGCGCUUUUUGAAAUCCAUUCAACUGAACUGCGAAAAAAUGCUAUUAUUACCGGUAUGUAUAGUUGUGAAAGUUGGUAAAAUAUGGAGGGGAAGAAGUGUAUGAGAAGUGGAGGGGAGUUAUUACAAUCUAAGGACCUUUCCAGGGUGCAAAGAUAGUCAGUUAAUAGCUUGCCAUUCGGACAAGCUGCAUGUAGCUAACAUGUAUUAGCCCAAAAGUCAUUUCAAGUAGCCCACAAGAACUUUUUGAUGAGCAGGAUUGCUUACAGUUCUUAUAUAAUUUGAAUUCCACCCCAAAAUUAACUUUCCCAAUGGGCAAUUUAAGAAAAGAAUUCACUAGCCUGAUAGUAAAAUCCACUAACCCCGGUCUAUCGGACACAACUUUCUUUGGGUGCUGCUGUCGAUUUAUGGUUUCAAAAUUGUGGAAUACAAUGAUUACAAUGAUGAACAUAAUUAACCCCCACUUGAAUAUUGUUGUCAUGUCCACACUAAACACAAAGUUGCGUUUUCAAAUAUAUCCACUUCAAAGAGUGUUUUCGGAAAGUUCCAGCUUGGAUUUGUAUGAACGGUCGGCCUAACCGUAAGAAUAAAGUCGCGGUUUAAAAUUUAUCUGACGUAGUACAGUGUAAACAGGUUCUCAAAGGACAGACAUCCGUUAGCAAUAAUCCCUUUUUCGUAACCUGUAUGCGUGCAAAACAGGCGUUAUUUUUUGCGUUUGUCAAGGAGAAAAGGCAAGCACGUGGCGUGCUUACAGCACGCCGCGGGGAUGGGAAGGGAGAUAAGUGCGGUGGGGUAAACCGCGAUAGAAAUAUAUGCGGGACGUCCUCCGCCUCGCGUGUCUCGCCUUCCACGUCCCGCCUAGCGCUAGCCUUCGCUCGCCUCAAAAAAGCGGGAAAAUGUGUCAUGUUCUCAAAUUGGAAAACGAAUUGAUGCGGACGAAGUUCUAAACAGCUAUUUCCUUGUUCCUCUCAGCUUCUCCCAACACUAUUGCUGAUGGCCUUAGGAUCGGCUUGGGCAAAAAAACUUGGCCCAUCAUACGAGACAACGUGACUGACGUCAUAACCGUAACGGAGGAAGAAAUAAUCUCUGCAUGGAGGCUGGUCUGGGAACGAAUGAAACUAAUGAUUGAGUCGUCUGCUGCUGUAGGCGUGGCAGCAGUAUUAACAGAGAAAUUUCAAGCCCUUACGUCCGAAGAUCUGAAGAAUGUUGGGAUUAUUCUGUGUGGUGGAAAUGUAGAUUUGGAAAAUCUGCCCUGGAAAAAAUAG